CUGAGAGACCAGGAGAUCAGAGCCAGCUUAACAAAGCACUUUGGCUUUCUGGACAGUGCUCUUGAUGAGGAGGACAUGGUCUUCUGCAAGACCCCCGAGUAUGACACUGUCUUUGAAGACAGCUGCAGUGAGAGUGGCUCCCCUGUGGAGGAGGAGGAGGAGGAGGAGGGGGAAGAGGAGGAGGAGGAGGAGGAGGAGGAGGAGCAUGGCAACACCAAGCUGUGCCUGCGGAGAAAUCCCCUUUCCAGGACCAGUUUGCAUUCCUGUUCCCGGAGCAGGUCCAGCUCGGGCUCUUCGUGCUGCCAGUCGCGGUCACCUGCCAGCAGACGCACCUUCAGGUGUGAGAACGGCGAGCAGUGUCGGGGCGGGCAGCGGGGUCAGCUGGAGAAGAGACAGGAGAAAGCCAUCGGGGAAGGCAGAGUGGUGUACAUCAGGAACCUCUCCAGCAGCAUGAGCUCCAGCGAACUGAAGAAACGCUUCGAGGUGUUUGGGGAAAUUGUGGAGUGUCAGGUCCUGUCCAGGACUAACAGGGGGGAUAAAUACGGCUUCAUCACCUACCGCUACUCAGAGCACGCCGCCUUAUCUCUGAAGAACGGCCCCUCGCUAAGGAAGAGGAACGAGCCUUCCUUCCAGCUCAGCUCUGGUGGCCUCGGGCGCUUCUUCUGGACCAGAUACUCUGACUUGGACUGCGGCGCGGAGGAAUCCUCCCCAGCUCCAGUGAAAAGCAAAUACGAGACGAUGGAUUUCGACAGCUUGCUGCAGGAGGCCCAGCUCAGCCUGCAUCG